CCCGUGUUUCGAUACUCCUCUAACUUCUCUAAGACUUCCCCUCUUCUCCGCACGACCACACUAUAACGUAGUCUCUCUCGGAGUCUCUCCUCUCUCUGCCAGUCUCUCUCCUCUGUCUCUCUGUCUCCCUCUCUCCUACUACUGUCUGCUGAGUCAGUGCUGACCUUGUCGGGACGGCGAUGGCGUCCUCUGCGAUCCUUCGCUUGGCGGUGGUCACGCUUGCGGCGGCGUUGUUCCUGCUCCUCACCCCGACUCUGAUCGAAGCUCGGCCGCAACGGAAGCUCUGCGGGCCGAAGGUCGAGGCCAUCGACUGGAGCUGUGGCGGUCCUAAUGUGUCGUUAGACCUGGAGCACGACUGCUCGGUGAAGCAGGGAAAGAAAGUGUUUGACUACGUACAGAAGAAGCUGGUCGGCGAGGGCUGGCCUGCUCUCACCACGAGCCGCGUUAUGCAGGAGUACGUCCGUGCGUACGUGGCAAUCAAGCUGCGUCAAAAGAUCUGCGUCUGGUACAACCAUCAGUGCAACCAGCAGUGUCCCCGCAACGGUGCUUCCUGCGUGACGUCCUGCCUGUCCAACUUCAGGGGAUGCAAAUCGAGCGACCCCACGGACUGCUGCAAGCCCAAACCUCGCUGCAACCACACCGCCCCAGCUAGCGGGAGGCGAUUGCUCCAGGAGAACGACAGCAACAACAACGCCAACAUCAAGACUGUGCAGGUAACUAAGACGGGGACCACCUCGGACGGAGACAUGCUGGCGGCAAUCGCAGAGAAAAUGGGGAACGCGGGAAUCGAGAAAGGACAGGCGUGUGCGGCAUGCUUAACGAACACAAUUCCCGGGGGAGGGGACAACCCGAAGAGACGAAUGACAUGCUCCGCCGCCGGCGGUGAAGGCCCAGCUGAUAACAGCCAAGCAGAUCCAGGAGCAUCUGCAUCGCCAAUCCCGUGUUUCAUCAUUCAAUGUUCUAUUGGCUGGAGCAAGCCGGCGGGCGGCCAUUGCAAUUUCAAGCUCGAGGCGAGGCGUCUGCCUGACGACAGCAACGUGAUGAUGUGAGGGGUUCGAUCCGCUGAAGUUGAGCUUGAGAGAGAAAGUUCGGUGACGAUGAGCUUCGAGACA